AUGGAUCCUCUAAUAUUCACAGCACCUGCCCGUAUACGCAUCCUUCUUGUCCCAGUUCACCCGAUUAAAGCUGCAACAUUUCAUCAAAAAGUUGAAUUGGUUAAAAAUCACACGAUCGUAAAAUUGGGAGAUGUCCCCCCAGACAUGCGCGGUGGUCAAUUUCCAAGGGAACAACUCGAGGAAAAAGUCUGA